UCGCGAAACCCUCGCCCCGCGCCGUCGCCUCUAGAAACACUGCCACACCCCGCUCUUCCCUCCCCGCACUCUACCCGCGCCGCCGCCUCCGCCCGUCCGAUCCGGGACCUUCCAGAAGCUUCCGGAGCGAGGGGCACCCGGCGCCCUCCGCACGAGCGGCGGCCAUGGCGCUCGCCUUCGACGAGUUCGGUCGCCCCUUCAUCAUCCUAAGGGAGCAGGAGAAGAAGUCGCGGCUGCGCGGGCUCGACGCGCAGAAGGCCAACAUCGCCGCCGGCAAGGCCGUCGCGCGGAUCCUCCGCACCUCGCUCGGGCCCAAGGGCAUGGACAAGAUGCUCCAGUCCCCCGACGGCGACGUCACCAUCACAAAUGAUGGGGCGACGAUCCUGGAGCUGAUGGAUGUUGACAACCAGAUUGCGAAGCUGAUGGUGGAGCUGUCCCGCAGUCAAGACUACGAAAUCGGGGAUGGUACCACCGGGGUGGUGGUCAUGGCAGGGGCUCUCCUUGAGCAGGCUGAGAAACUUCUCGAACGUGGUAUUCACCCGAUAAGGGUCGCAGAAGGUUAUGAGAUGGCGUCAAGGAUAGCUUUUGACCACCUUGAGUGCAUCUCCACAAAGUUCGAGUUCAGUGCAGACAAUAUAGAGCCCCUUGUUCAGACCUGCAUGACAACUCUGUCGUCGAAGAUUGUUAACCGUUGCAAGCGGGCACUGGCUGAGAUUGCUGUUAAAGCAGUCCUUGCGGUUGCUGAUUUGGAGAGGAAGGAUGUAAACUUGGAUUUAAUUAAAGUAGAAGGCAAGGUUGGUGGAAAGCUGGAGGACACGGAGCUAAUAUAUGGAAUUGUUGUUGACAAAGAUAUGAGCCACCCACAAAUGCCAAAGAGAAUUGAGGAUGCCAAGAUUGCCAUCCUGACCUGCCCAUUCGAGCCCCCAAAGCCCAAGACAAAGCAUAAGGUUGACAUUGACACUGUAGAGAAAUUCCAGACACUGCGCGACCAAGAACAAAAAUACUUCGAUGAAAUGGUUCAGAAAUGCAAGGAUGCUGGUGCAACCCUGGUUAUUUGUCAAUGGGGUUUCGAUGAUGAAGCCAAUCAUUUGUUGAUGCACAGAAAUCUGCCAGCAGUCAGAUGGGUUGGUGGCGUUGAAUUGGAAUUGAUUGCCAUUGCUACAGGAGGACGGAUUGUUCCGAGGUUCCAAGAGUUGAGUCCUGAAAAGCUUGGGAAGGCUGGAUUAGUCAGAGAGAAGUCAUUCGGAACUACAAAGGACCGUAUGCUUUACAUUGAGAAGUGUGCCAAUUCCAGAGCUGUAACUAUUUUCAUUCGUGGUGGCAACAAAAUGAUGAUUGAGGAAACGAAGCGAAGUCUUCAUGAUGCUCUUUGCGUGGCAAGGAAUCUUAUCCGCAAUAACUCAAUUGUGUAUGGUGGCGGCUCGGCGGAGAUAUCUUGCUCAAUUGCUGUUGAAACUGCUGCAGAUCGACACCCUGGAGUUGAACAGUAUGCUAUCAGGUCAUUUGCUGAUGCAUUAGAUGCUGUCCCAUUAGCCUUAGCUGAAAACAGUGGCUUGCCACCAAUUGAUACAUUAACUGCGGUAAAAGCUCAACAAGUUAAGGAGAGCAACCCCCACUGCGGCAUAGACUGCAAUGACGUCGGCACCAACGACAUGAAAGAACAGGAUGUCUUCGAGACUCUAAUUGGCAAGCAGCAGCAGAUCUUACUUGCUACCCAGGUGGUGAAGAUGAUUCUCAAGAUCGAUGAUGUUAUCUCGCCGGCUGAGUACUGAUGAAGCCUGCAAAGGAAUGGAUAGCUAUGCUGGAUGACAGUCUAGUAGACAGCAUUGCCAAUUCGUUGAUUGGAGUGUACUCAUUAUUCUGCCUUUGCGUUGGUCGCUUGUUUUAUCUGAUGAGCUGCCUAUCUGUUUUUGUGACUUACGGAAACUGUUCCACACUUUGUAUUGCAUGAUAGCAUACCUUUCAAAUUAGUCUAGACGCUUGGAUGGAAAAUCUCUCUUAUGCUGCAUUUCUGUUCAGAUGGUUGCUGUACUGUCUGUUUUUACUAGUGAGCUGAAGCCUUGCCCUU